GAAUCCCAACCCUCUCUCUCCUCCCCCCUUUUCUCCUCCUACACCCACUUUUCUCUUCUUUUUUCUUUAUUUUCAAAUCGCUCCUCACUCUCUUUUUGCUACAUACCAAAUUCACAAAUGGACGUUGACAAUUCAGUAUACACCUACCUGCAGAAGCAGCAGCGGGAGGCUCCCAGCCAGCUUUCUUCAUACUUUAGCGAGUUUGAGGACCUGUACGAGCGCAAGAUUUGGCACCAACUGACAAACCAGGUGGAAAAGUUUAUCAACAUCCCUGAGGCCGCGCCAUACCGCAUCAGCCUGUACAAUGAAUUUGUGCGCGACUGGCAGAAGCACAUGAACAAGGUCAAACUUGUGCUUUUUGCGCUCGCGGCCGCGCGUCAGUUCGACAGCAUCCCGGCGGCGUCCGAGUUCAUCCGAUACCCAGAUGCCUUUGCAUUGGCGUCUCUGGAGAGCGCACAUUUCCGUUUGUUGCUUAAUGACCUGGACUCGACGCGCGAGACGCUGGAGAAGUGCCAAAAGAUGAUUGAAGACUUUAAUCACGUUGAGCCUGUGAUUUAUGCCAGUUUUUACCGCGUCUGCGCUGAUUACUAUAAGGCCAAGGCGGCCUUUGGCCAGUACUAUAAGAAUGCCCUUUUGUUGCUCGCUUGCAUUGAUGUCAAGGAGCUGGGCGUGGAGGAUCGUGUGCAACGCGCGUAUGAUUUGUCCAUUGCUGCCUUGCUUAGCGACACCAUUUACAAUUUUGGCGACUUGUUGUCGCACCAGAUUGUCGAGUCGCUGCGCGGCACUGAGCACGAGUGGAUGUUGGAGCUUCUUUUGGCCUUCAACGCCGGCAGUAUUGGCAAUUUCGAGUCCCUGUUGGGCAAGAUGCAUGGCCAGCCUCUGUUGGUGCAGCAGGAGGCCUUUUUGCAGCAGAAGAUCCGGCUGAUGGCCCUGAUCGAGUCUAUGUUUAAGAGACAGGGUGCGGGUGCGCGCACAGUUGCCUUUGGUGAUAUCUCUGCCGAGACUAAAUUGCCGGUCGCAGAUAUUGAGCACUUGGUCAUGAAAGCUCUGUCGCUGGGGUUGAUCCGCGGGAGCAUCGACCAGUGGGUGCAGCCGCGCUAUCUGGCAAGGACCAGAUCCGCAGCCUGGUCGACAGACUGUCGCAGUGGGAGACGCGCGUCACACAGACUGCGCAGAAGAUGA